AUGGGUAUCGCUGUAGAUUGGAUGAAUAUGAGCUUCGAGAAGACCUGGUCAUUGAAGACGAACUUCCAAGAACUGCUGCCAAACAGCUCGGCAGAAGAAAUCAAGAAUAAACAGCACGACGGAUACCAAGAAUUGAGCAAUUGGGAAGGCCUCAUGGAGUAUUAUUCAAACUGUGGUAUUACCAAAGAUUCAGAUCGCCUCAUAGCUAUCAGUGGUUUAGCAGAGAUCGUCCGGCGCAAAACAGGCCUUGAAUAUUUUGCAGCCCUUUUCAACUUCCAGAUCGAGGAACAGCUGUUGUGGACGGUGGUAGACCGGAACAAAUGUGAAAGAGCUCAUGGUAAUACCGCUACUUGGGCCCCGAGUUGGUCGUGGGCUUCGGUGAAAGGCAAAGAAGAUAAUCAAGGCAAAGUAAGAUUGCACAAUUACCGGGGUUUUUGGUCUAAAGACUCAGCCGUGACCACACGUGUCACAAUUGUCAGUAUUAAUGUGGCUACAGAUGAGGAACACCCCUGUGGGAAACUUGACAUGAAGGGUGAUAACACUCUCGAGAUGCGUGAAAAACUCACAAAAUAUUACCCAGAGCUGGGAGUAGCGGCUUCGAACGAUCGAAGACAGUUUUGGAAUGUAGGAGGCGUAUAUUUUGAUACGAUAGAUGUGGUGCCAGAGGAAGCUUAUUGCUUUUUGUUAUUGAGUAAGACGGAGUCUCAACGGGCACCGAAUAUAAUAAACGAGUGUUGGGCCGGGAGUCUUUGGGGGGAUUGA